AUGGCGCAACAACAAGAACAAAAGCUUCUCAAGCACUCCGAAGAACCCCAGCCAAUAGCAUGGAAAACAGGCUUCUGGCGCCGCCUACCCUGGGCCGGACACCUCGCCCUUAUCGCUACACUAGUCGCAUCCGCUUUCAUGAUCCAAAUUCUGGUCACAUCGGACGGUCAACCUAUCGAUUCUUGGACGUACCAACCCACCGUUUUGCUGUCGAUCACGUACACGCUCGCCAAUCUCGCUCUCCAAUAUGCCCUAACACAAGCGAUCACUGUCGCUUGGUGGGUCAAAGCACUUCGAGGCGAUGCGAAGGUCAGAGACCUACACCACAUCUGGGCUUUCGGACAUGGCGUCAAGGAUAUUAUGUUUGCGGGUCGUUCGUUCAAUAUGAUCGCCCUGACGGCUUUGGUCGUAACGUUGGUGCCUAUCAACGGUCCUUUGCUUCAACGAGCUUCUGUCAUCGAAAGCCGAACUGGUGCAAUCGCCAGGAAUCUGACAUUGAAUAUCAACAAUGAAACCUUCUCUGACACCACCGGUUUGAUCACUGGACGUUUCCAGGAAGCUAAUUCACUUGAUGUCAGGUUCACCCAGAAUGUGAAAGCACAUAACAACCGCGAUCCGAUCAAAAUGACCGAUGCGGGAUGCAUUGGAACAUGCAAAGGUGUCAUAGCUGGGGCAGGUUACAAAAUCGAUUGUGCCAACGACACCUACACACCUUACAAUCUGACUCUCGACCCGGUUCACGCCGAAGCGAUGACAUUUUCCCUCAACUUCUCAUAUUGGGAAUGGGAAACGGCCCUCACAAUCAUCAAUUAUACAUCAGCCAUCAAGACUGGUGAUGAGUGUGAGGGCUUUCUCACUCGGACGAACUGUACGCUCACGCCUGCCACUAUCGAAUAUCCCUUUAUCAUAAGCAACAACACUAUCUCUCUUGACCCAGAGAAAUCUUGGAAGACUGAUAGAGCGACUGCAUUCCAUGUGAAACACUUCAUUCCGCAAGGGCCUGGUGUCAAGGGGACUUUACACGGUGGAUUUUGGCUGUAUUUGAACACUCUCUACUCGUCUAGCUCAUUCACUAGGCACGAGGGCGUCUACCAAUGGGGCUCAAUGAAUACUGGCACGACUGCCAUGCGUUAUGUGGACAACAUCGGUGGAGGAUGCUCGGGCAACUUCACAGAUCCGACUUUCGAUAUCAUGAGCGAUGCGCGAGAACUAGCGUUUCGAGCAGCACUCUACGCAGACCAUAUUCCGGAAACCACGUUCCAAGUUGAAGUGCAGCAGGAAUGGGCGAAGAUCAUAUACAGGAGUCACUACAUCUAUCUCGCCUUCGCCGUAGCUAUCACCUUAAUAGCAACUCUAUGCGUUUUCAGCAUAUCUCUGGGAUGGUGGCACCUCGGCAGGGAAGUUUCGCUGUCACCAAUCGAAGUCGCGAAGGCGUUCGCUGCGCCAGUGCUACAGAACGCAAGCUCGAAUGCGGAGGUAGAGGCACUAGUCAAAGAGAUUGGUUCAAGACGAGUCAGAUAUGGAGCUACAUGGAACGAUGAAAAUGACAUCGAAGAGACACAGCCUAACCUGCGAUUUGAGGAGCCUGGGGAGUGCGAAAAGCCGCAGAAUGGCCAGGUUUUCGGUCAUUGA